GUUGACAACACAAGUUUACUAUGUUUUUGUUGAUGUGGGCGCUUGUCAAAUCCGCAUUAAAUCGUGACACCGUCACAUGUACAACUAGACACGUGCCCAUGCUAGCACAUUCUCAAGAGUUCACAACACUAGUUCAUUACCUUGUUUUUGUCGAUGUGAGCGCUUUUUAGAUCCACUUUAAAUCGUGAUACCGCCUUAUAUAGUACCAAAUACAUGCUCACGCUAGCACAUUCCCCAGAGCUGACAACACUAGUUCACUACCUUGUUUUUUUGUUGACGUGAGCUUUUUCAUAUCCAUAUUAUAUCAUGACACCGCCACAUGUAGUACUAGACACUUGGUCGCGCUAGGACAUUCCCAAGAGCUGACAAACACUAGUUCACUACCUUGUUUUUGUUGAUGUGAGCGACUUUCAGAUCCGCAUUAAAUCAUGAAAUGUGUCAUCAAAGAAAACCUAAGACUCCAUCCUCCGGCUCCACUUUUAAUUCCUCAUGAAUCAACCGCGGACGUAAAACUGGGAGGCUACGAUAUCCCCACGAAAACAAGAGUGAUGGUCGGUGCAUUUUCCAUACAGAAGGACCCCAAAGUAUGGGACAGGCCGGAGGAGUUUCUCCUGGAGAGGUUCGAGGACAGCUACAUUGAUUUCAAAGGCCAGGACUUCCAACUCAUCCCGUUCGGUUCUGGGAGAAGGGGUGCCUGGGAAUCGCCUUUGGGGUUGUUUCGGCCAAACAACAUUCUGUACUGGUUUGAUUGGAAAUUGCCUAGUACUAGUGGUAGUGAAUUGCCCGCGGCCUUGGACAUGACUGAAGUUUACGGGCUCACAGUCCGUAAGAAAGCACAUCUGGUUCUUGAGCCGGUAGCCUACUCUCCUUGAUCCCGGCAUCCAGAGAUUUCGUGCUUAAUUUUCACUUAAUCUAGUUGUUCUGUUGUUUUUGUUCAAGAAGAAUUUGUUUCUGCCUUUCCGUUUAAUAGAAACACUAAUCCGAAGUAGAAGAAGGGUGAACUCGACAAUCUAAGUGCUACAAGUCCGUUUCUGCUAUACAAACAUUGGAUGGAAUCGAAUUCUUAUCCUGAAUUCGAAUCCGAAUUUGCUCUUAGUGGUGAGCAUUACACC